GUCACUUCUAAAGAUGUUUUGCUGAUAAACUGCUGAAGAUCUUUCUCUCUCUCUCUCUCUCUCUCUCUCUGAAUCAAUUUACCAACUUCAAUCUGGAAUUUCUCUCUCUCCAAGCUGUCCCUCUCAUUUCCUCUCCAAUCCCAUGGCCUCCAUAACCCUUCUAUCUUAUCAUUUCUCAUGACUCUCCCUCGCUCUGCGCAGCUCCAUAUCUCCACUGCCACUACUCACAACAACAACCAAUUUUCAUCAACAUGCGCUCACCAUACCCGCUUCGCUACGGCGACACUCCCUCUCCUCUCCCUCGAAGUUCUCACUUUCAGUCCACUUUGUCCCUACAUAAACUCAGGCGAUUCAACUCACUGGUUCUCGUCUUUCGACUCGCUGCCUUCUGUUUCACCCUUGCUGCCUCCGUUUUCAUGCUCACUAACUCCCGUGGACCCCACUACCCUCGUUGGUUUGAUUUCGAUGCUUUUAGAUUUGUGUUUGCUGCAAAUGCAAUAGUAGCCAUUUACUCUCUCUUCGAAAUGGGCGUCUCGGUUUGGGAAAUUUCCAAAGGGACAACUGUCUUUCCGGAAAUUUUACAAGUCUGGUUCGAUUUCGGCCAUGACCAGGUGUUUGCAUACCUGUUACUGUCGGCGGACUCGGCGGGGACGGAGCUGGCAAGGACUUUGAAAGAGAGGGACACGUGUACGGUGUCAAAUGCGUUUUGUGUGCAGUCCGAUAUUUCGGUGGCUUUAGGAUUUGCUGGGUUUCUGUUUCUGGGGUUUUCGUCUUUGCUGUCGGGGUUUCGCGUCGUCUGUUUUAUAAUCAACGGCUCUCGUUUUCACGUUUAGUGAGAGAGGGGUGCGUGAGUGAGAGACUGUUCUUCUCUUGUUAGUGCUCACUUUGCAUAUAUUUAGAAAUAUAUUUGUGGUUUUUUUUUAAACUUCAAUUGGUCAAACAUAUCUUUAAAAACUUUUGGGUAUGUUUUGAGUUAUGGUGGAUCAAGAGUUUAAGCCCUUACGGUUAUUAUAUCCGAGAUUAUAUUUGUUUUCUGUAA